AUGGGUCGGCUCGACCGGAGUGAUACCACGGCCUCACAGAAAACUGGCAAAGGAAAACUUUCCUGCAUCCGCACCGAAUCUGAAUCCGGGUCGGACAAGAUGUCGUUACGGCAAUCAGCUUCAAAACAGACGUCGAAAAACUCGACAGCACACAGCGACUGCUCAUCACAAGACCACAAAUGCCCGUGCUGUUUCAGACCAGAAAAGAAGAAGAAACAUAGGACGAAAGAGAAGGAAUCACGGUUUUACAACAAUGACGUCACAUUCAAAGCAAAUUUCAAAUACAAAAACACUACAAGACGGACGCAUUCAAUGAAAGAACAUGUCGAAAAUAAUCGUGUGUCGUCUCUAAGAAGAGAAACGAAAACUGCACAAACUUUGAGCCUUGUUGUCGGAGGAUUUGUUGCAUGCUGGCUUCCAUUCUUCUUGUACUAUCUCCUUACCCCUUUCAUACCAAGUAAUUACGUAAAUCCAGUCCUAAUGUACAUACUCACAUGGCUAGGGUGGUUCAAUUCAGCUAUAAACCCCUUUAUAUAUGCUUUUUAUUCACCUGACUUCAGAGUAGCUUUCUGGAGGCUUACAAUAAGAAAAUGUAAGAGAAAUAAGCGUUAA